AUGAAGGAAUCUUUCAAGAAACCUUUUAAUUUAACUGCAUUAAAAGAGUGGGAAGAAGCCGGAGAACCAUUUGAAGAGGACGAAAUUUUAGGGUUAUCCAGCAAUAAAGUAAAGACCGGGAAGGAAAGCCCGCCUCCUACUCCCAGAAUCAAUUGCGAUGAGUAUAGUGAAAAAAACGGAAUUUCCAUCCCUGCCAAUGCACCUAAACAAAAUGCUCGACAGUUUGAGGACGUUAAAUCUCUUAAACUACUAUGUUGGGAAUUAGAAUUAGAUCCACAAAUUGAACCUGAACCACUUUUUACACAUAAUACAAGUGAAGAUGACACUCAACCCGUUAACAUUGAUGGAGCUGUAAAUCCUGCUAUGUUACACGCGCAUUUAGCACUCUUAACAACAAUCAGAUGA